GCUACAGAACGAGAAAUAAAACAGCAUUUAUAAAGAAAAUUAACAUUUAAUGGGGGAGGGGUCUAUCUUUAGCAUGGAUCAACCAACCCGUACGUGCAUAAAGUAACACCCUUUUGACGCGCUGUCCAGGUUCACAACUUUCUCUCCCAGUGUGAAAAGUAUCGCAAACUUUCACAGAUGCUUUCCUGUGAUCCGUCGGCUUCACUUAAAGUUUAUUAACUCGGUUUUUGGAUUUGAAUAGAUUAGGCGCUUUUUUCCCCUCCGCACUCCCCUGUCUUUCAGGAACACAAUUGACAAUGUGUUUUCAAUUACUCCCAGGAAUAGGACGCUCGCUCGCGCGUUCCGCCGCUCGCAGGCGCGCGUGACGUCACGCGCAGACAGCGGUCCUCCUCUGUGCAGGAGAGCGGUACUUCUCUGCGGCUGUGGCAAGAGAGCUGGACAGCGGGAAGCAGAAGGGGACACCUAACUUUUUUUCCUGCUGAAAUUCCAUCACUGAAAUACUUUCGGAGGACUAAAAUGAUCAUACAACGUAACUCUGGAUUUGACUGGAAAAUUCAUCAACAGCCCAUGCAUCCCUGACGGUUUUUUUGUGAAUAACAGGACUUCAAUCUCUGGGAACUGUAUUCCGUCUCAUAUCAAAAGUUGUCCUUUUUUGGAGUUACAAGGCACAUCUCUGGUAUCACCAACCUUCUUGCUGCCUUGACCUCGAUUCUUGACCCUUCAAGAUGGACGUAGAGGAUGGCCAGUGUUACUACAAUGAGACCAUCGCCUUCUUCUACAACCGCAGCGGCAAGUACCUGGCCCAGAACUGGAAUGCGGUCAGCACGCUGGUUAUGGGUCUGGGUAUCACAGUCUGCAUAUUCAUCAUGCUGGCCAACCUCCUGGUCAUGGUCGCCAUCUACGUCAACCGGCGUUUCCACUUCCCGAUCUACUACCUGAUGGCCAACCUGGCCGCGGCCGACUUCUUCGCCGGGCUGGCCUACUUCUACCUGAUGUUCAACACGGGCCCCAACACGCGGCGACUGACCGUCAGCACGUGGCUGCUGCGGCAGGGUCUGAUCGACACGAGCCUGACGGCGUCGGUGGCCAACCUCCUGGCCAUCGCCAUCGAGCGCCACAUCACGGUCUUCCGCAUGCAGCUGCACACGCGCAUGAGUAACCGGCGCGUGGUGGUGGUCAUCGUCAUUAUCUGGACCAUGUCCAUCGUCAUGGGCGCCAUCCCCAGCGUGGGCUGGAACUGCAUCUGCCAGGUCAGCACCUGCUCCAACAUGGCUCCGCUCUACAGCAACUCCUACCUGAUCUUCUGGGCCAUCUUCAACCUGGUCACCUUUGUGGUGAUGGUGGUGCUGUACGCCCACAUCUUUGUGUACGUGCGCCAGCGCACCAUGCGCAUGUCCCGGCACAGCUCCGGGCCUCGGCGGAACCGCGACACCAUGAUGAGCCUGCUAAAAACGGUCGUCAUCGUUUUAGGUGCCUUCAUCAUCUGCUGGACCCCUGGCCUAGUGCUGCUGCUGUUGGACGUCUUCUGCACAGACUGCAAUGUGCUCUCCUUCGAGAAGUUCUUCCUGCUCCUGGCGGAGUUCAACUCGGCCAUGAACCCCAUCAUCUACUCGUACCGCGACAAGGAGAUGAGCGUCACCUUCAAGCAGAUCCUGUGCUGCCAGAGGCAGGAGAACGUCAACGGCACCGCCGAGGGCUCUGACCGGUCCGCCUCGUCCAUCAACCACACCGUCCUCAGUGGCCCCCACAACAACGACCAUUCAGUGGUGUGAUGGGUCUGACUGGACCACGGGCACAUCUGGCCCAGACAAGGCCAAAGCAGAGAGCCGUGAUGGAGAUGCUUGAGUGACAGGCAGGGAUUCAGGUGUUUCAGCGGCAAAGACUUUUUUCUUUUUUUUGUAAUUUUUUCUUUCAGUGUUUUGUAAGGUUUUGUUUUUUUUUAAUGUUUUUGCUUGAUUUCUGAUUGUGUUUUUUGUUUUGUUUUUGUUUUGUUUUUAUUAUUUUUGAUGAAUUGUUGACACUAUGAACUAUUUAAGGAUUUGUCUCUCUGAUGUGAAGGAUAAGCCAGUAUAACCGCUUCCACUAGAUUCCGUCCAUUUUCACAUUCCUCAGUGUUGUCAAAGUCGGAAGAGUUAUAGAUAAAGGAGAGAGAACCUGACCAGAGUUGGAAGACUUUAGAUGAGGAAGUAAGAACCUGGCCAGUGAUUAAAACAUCCUUCAGAGCUGGGUGUGAAGUGCAGAGAUCUGGCUGUACACCUGCGGGGGAGUCUCAAGAUACAAAAGCAGAGCUACUGCGUUAUCUGACCACUGCACUGGGGAGAAGCUGAAAUGCUAAUUAAAGGUGUUUCUUGUGAUGUUAAUCUCCAUCAAAUUUAGUUGUCACAGAAUUCCAUCCCCUCCCGUCAAUGUGCUCUGCAUUGAGAACAUUUUGUUAAUAAUCAGAAUUCCCAAUUAUUUUACUUAAUUAUAUGUUUCCAGGUCUUACUCAGGAUGGCGAUAUAGCUAACACAGAAAUCUCCUUUUGUAAGAUGAGGAAGUGAUUGAAGGUUGCUAUUUUAUUUCUGUUUCAUGUAUUUCAUUUUUGGUGCUGUGACCAUUAUUCUUUUUUCACUAACAGAAAGAAAUCACAGAAGAAAAAAAACGUUUUGGAUACUUUGGUUACCUUAUCAGAUAGUGUAGCUAAAUCUAGCAUUAAGAACCAAUGCAAGGUGUUACCAAAUCCAUUAACGCACCAAUGGUGUCUGUCUGAACAUCUGACUGAUGGGUCAGGAUCCGGGAUCUGGGCCAUAUAAGGAUCGAGAUUAAGAUCCAGAUUAGGAUCCAGUUUAAGAUCCAGAUUAAGAUCCAGAUGCGGGCCACAUUCCACAUAUGCUAUCCAGAUUCUCUGGUUACGGACAUAGACAUAGACAAACCACCACAAGCCUUAAUCCAGUUAAUGUCACAAGCUAUCACAUGGCUGAGAUAGGUGACAUAUUCCAGUCAUGCCUUAUCCUGAAGGAUUGCACCAUAGAAUUGAUUUUUUUCGUAGUAAAAUCGUAGCUAAUGUUAAUAAAAAAUUGUUCUGUACAAUUAUUCUUUUUAUAUGAGUACCACAGUGAUGUUGACAAACAACAUUACCAAAGGAUUAAAGACCUUCUAGAAAAUUAAACUUGAAUUUUGAUAUUUAUAUACGUUGUUAAUGAACAAAAAAUAAUUUGCAUAUGCAAAUUGAAGAAAUUAAUUGAUGGCUGAAAAUUUAAUCGUGACAAAAUUUCAAAUGUAAACAAAUUUGACAUACUUUAAAUGGCUCCAUUUAAAUAGCACGUCUAACAUUAAGGUAGCUAUAUAUAACUGCUUGCAGCAUUUAAUCUUUUGAUUUUGCACUACACUGGUCAGUAUUGGAUUCAUGAGACCACUAGCAAGUGGUUUUAACAUUUGAGCAAAACUGCUCUAUCCCACUUAGCUACAUAAUGCCUGUACAUUUCAUUCUUUGAGCAAAAGUGCCCUAUCUCACUUACUGUAGCCACAUUGUGCUUGUACGUUUCCAUUCAUUGAGCAAAACUGUUCUUUCCCACUUAGCUACAUAAUGCUAGUAUGCUAAAUUGUCCUGAUGUGGGACACCUAAGCUCCAGUGGGUGUGGUUCUUCCCCAAACUAAUGAAUGUCAGUGAACUAUGAGAAACCCAAAGCUGUAGGGUCCUGUGGUCAAAGGAUUUAAUGUGUUGACUUUAAAUGUGUUUAAAUUUUAGCCUAAUAUAGCCUACUACAGAAGUCCGAAAAGCAAAAAAAUGUCUCACAUUAGGGCAAUCUACCCUACAUUUCCAUUCUUUGAGCGAACCUGCUCUUUCCAACUUAGCUUGUACCUUUCCAUUCUUUGCACUGACAUGAAAACUUCCUGCUUUAGCAGCAACACAUGUUUGAACUGCGUAGCGACAGUUAACAAUGGCCUUCAUUAUCUACACUGUGUAUCAUCCUUGUUUCUUUCAGUCUGUUCUGCCAGUCCUUUGAAUGAGUGCUAUCUAACAAUCUAGUUGGCUUUGCUAAAUAUUUCACCUAAACACCUGUUACUUUUUCCUUAUAAUGUAAACCAUCUUUGUAGAUUUGGUAAAGCUGUCUUACUAAUCCAAAAAAUGUUCAGGGACUCAAAGUCAUGGACUGAUUAACACGUAAUACCACAUUUUUUCUCUCUCGCUUUUUAAUUUCUGUUGAGUGUUAACAUGGACCCACGUGGACAUCAUCCUUUAUAAGGCUUGUAAAUGUGAUGGUUGUAAUUAUAGAUUAUUAAAUUGACAGGGAGGCUACAAAGGGCACGUAACUGAAGCGUUCCGUUCGCAGAGCGUCUGCUGGAACAAGUACUUUCCACUAUUAACCUUAUUCCGUGCGCAAACAGGGGGGACGCAAUCUUUGUCCGCUUUGUGUUCGACCUUCCUGUUUAGCAGUACAUCCAUUGCGAUACAAUGAGAUAGCAGAGUUCUAUCUAGAUGGCGUAUGACAUAGAUAUGACUAUCUAGAUGACAUGUUAUGGGUCUUCUGAACGUAAGGGACGUUUAUUUAGGACUUUGGUGACUUUUCUGUAAUAGACCUUUCCUAUCUGAACUUCCUAUCGGACUUGGGAGCAGCUGUUCUCUAACGACUUUCUAUUAAAUAUAGUUACCAUGGUUACUAAACAGAUAAGAUAGGAUUAGGCGAGUUAGGACGUUUCUUUAAUAUGGCCUCGCAUUAAGUGUUUUGUUAUAGCAUUUUAGACAGUAAAUAAUCAGAUAAUGCAUUGGGUUUUGGGAAAAAAUAAAGAAAGCACUUUAUAAGAAUAUGUUUUGACAAUUAUGUAUUCACCUGAAUCUUUUUUCGUUUUUCGUUUCUUCCCAAAUUAGCCUCUCCAUCCUCUUCUGCCGUGUUAUCCCAAUAAAGCUAACUAGCCGGAACUAGCUGACCAGAAGUAUGAGCACAAGGCAGAAGAAAAUACAUUUCUAAAAUGGGCGUGACGGAAUAAGGUGAAUAAUCAAUGGAACCGGCUACACGAGACGUGAUACCGGUACAUACAUUCAUAAAAUAUUUGUACGCUGCGCGAACGGAGCGCUUUCCAUUGCAGACCUGUUGUAGCACGGGUGUUAGAGUGUGGACCACGUUUUAGUCCUCUCCUGUUGCUCCCUGUGAGUUUGACUUUGUGUCGUAGCCAUCCAGUGUCUGAAUGAGUAAUGACUUAAGCUUCUAACACUUGCCUGUACCGGUGCUAGCACUAGUGGUUCACCCCCUGCCUUUGAGACAGUUUUGUUUGUUUUAGGUGGGUCGUUGAGGUCCACUUAAAUAAAAAUGAAAAGUGCUGCACCUGAUGUUGGUGCCCCUAGGUAUUAGGCCUACCAAGGGCAGCCUGCUUCUCCUACAGCAAGGCCUGCCUCAAUCGUCCAGUUUACGUCUGUAACCACAGCAAUGUAAUCACAAGCAAAGCAAACUGAAUGAUAAGUCUAGUCUGUGUGUCGGUCUGUAGGCUACUUCAUAUAUCCAUGUAUGUAUGUAUGUAAUAUAUGUGUAUAUAUUCCAUGUUAUUCAAGAAGGGAGGCUUUACUGUCUAGAUCGCAAACAGAACUGGAUUAUAUAUUUUGUUCUGUUAAGCAGUUGAGAAACUGAAAUACUUGCUUAAAAAAAACUCCUUUUAUCAUAUUAUAAUGUCCUCCCAUGCCAAACAUUUUGUCUUCUAUCUCCAAAUUCUAUUUACAGUCACUAAGUCUUUUUAUUUUCAUGUCAGUUGUCAGAGACUAAAGCAACGUGCGACUAACCAUUUUGUUUUAUCUUAAUUCUGGCACUACGAGUCUUAGCUUGUGUGUGAUGGAUCUUGCCAAUUGUGAUGCAAUGGAUGAACUUGUCAUAGUGACGUCUUAGUACAAAUUAUGAGUUGUAAAUGUCUGUUCAAAAUGUUAUAGCCCAAAGAAAGGAAAGAAAUCAAUGAUAUUAGUCUGCUUAGAUAUUUUUUUAUAUGUUUUCCUUAUAUCCUUAUAUAAGUUUUUCAGUCCCAAAUGUCCAGCAAUGAAUGACUGUACAGUUUAUUUCUCUGACAUUGUCUUUCAAUCAGAUGCCUUCGUCUUAAGAACAAUAAACCUCUAUAGUACCAUAA